CUCUUGACCUCAUUCCACUUUCUCAACCAUCAUCAACCAAAAAUGCCAUCGACCUCAAAAGAUGUUACAAUGACUGAUGUACCCAGUGUCCCAGUCACUCCCGAGGUAGCGGUCGAAACCCCCAAGACGUUCGAAGCUGAACUUCGCCAACAACUAAGCUUAUUGUCUAAGGCGGUCGAACUCUCUGAACCUAGAUUCACUUAUCGGGUCCUUCGAUGUCUUAUGUCAUCGAAGAAAAGGUUUCAACAAAGCAGCGCUGAAUCGGAAAACGCUUUGAAAUUGAUCAUCCAAACCGGUUUACCCAAAAAUUCAAAGAUCAAAGAAGUGCUUUUACCACAUUUGAGUUCGAGUCCAGGUGUAUCGGUAGAUAGCUCAGCUGAUAUGCAAGUGGACGGCGCUCCUUCUGGCCCCACCAAGACUUCAGCAAACGCCACUCCGAAGACAUUGAAAGAUACUCCACCUUUUCCUGAUCCAUCGGCACAACCUGAACAUGAGAUGUAUCUCUCACUUCUCAUCUUACUCUUGCUAUUAUCACGCGGUCCCAACAAUAAUUUGGUCGCAUUCGAACUUUCUGAUCGAUUGAUCACUGAAUAUCUUCCUCAUCAAAAUCGCCGAUCGCUCGACCCACUUGCAGCCAAGAUUUGGUUUUAUCAUUCUAGAGUUGCUGAACUCCUUGAGUCAUCAGGCGAAAAACCUCAAGUAUGGGGUAGUUUGAGAUCUAAACUUAUGGCGGCUCAUAGAACAGCAAGGCUUCGACGUGAUGAAGAUAGUGAGGCGACUUUGUUGAAUUUGAUCGUUAGAAACUUGCUUGGACAUGAGCUUUGGGAGCAAGCCGAUCGUUUGGUGGGUAAGACUGAGUUUCCCGAUUUUGGUAAAACCGAAGCUAGUGUGGGAGCUGGUGGAAUGGUACCCACGGGUCAGGUGGCUCGUUGGCUCUACUACUUGGGUCGAAUUCGUACAAUUCAAUUAAACUACACGGAAGCCCAUACUCACCUUCAACAAGCGAUCCGACGAGCUCCUCCACCUCAAGUGGCCCCGGGUUUCUGGCAAGCAACUCACAAGUUGUUUGUUGUAGUCGAAUUAUUGAUGGGUGACAUACCUGACCGCGCGGUGUUCCGAGGUCCAGUGCUGAAGAAGUGCCUUCAACCAUAUUUCGAGAUUGUACAAGCGGUCAGAGUCGGAGACAUCACCAAAUUCGAACAAGCUUUGAGUGCCCAUUCGACCCGAUUUCUGGCUGAUGCGACUUAUACUUUGAUUCUCAGAUUACGUCACAAUGUUAUUAAGACGGCUUUAAGAACAAUCUCAUUGGCUUAUUCGAGAAUCAAGUUGAAGGACGUUAGUUCUAAAUUGAAGCUUGAUAGUGAAGAGGAUGCUGAAUAUGUUGUAGCAAAAGCGAUUCGAGAUGGAGUGAUUGAAGCCAGAUUGGAUCGAGCUGGUGGAUGGAUGGUCAGUAAAGAAGUCGGUGAUAUUUACGCCACUAGUGAACCGCAGGAGGCUUUCCAUCAAAGAAUCUCCUUUUGUCUCAAGUUACACAAUGAGAGUGUGAAAGCUAUGCGCUUCCCUCUACAUGCUCAUCGUAAGGAGCUCGCAUCUGCUGAAGCUGCUAGAGAGCGUGAACGAGAGCUUGCAUCUGAGAUCCUUACAGGGGACUCUCCCGAUGGUGAUGAUGAUGGUGACCUUGGUGAUGCGUUCUGAUGGCUGUGGUUUGAAUCGAAUGGAACUUUGUUGCGUGUAGUGAUAAUGGUGAUGAAUGAUGUGUGCUUUUUUCCUUAUGAAAUGUGAAGAAAUUACAGCAAGGAAGGGAUUAAUGAACUAUUUGAAUCUCUUCUAGCAUUCUCUGGUUG